GUAUGACGUCAUUCAAAAUUUGAAAAGAUCGUUAUUUGGAUUGUUCAGAACGGUACUGAUAUUCUAUUCAACAAUGGAACGACGUGUGCUUCUCUUGCUCCUAGUCGUAGUUUGUCAGCUGCUCUUUCAAGUUAAUGCUCAAGAUGAAAAAAUGACGACGGAAGCGACAACGGCUGCGGCUGAACCUUCGCCUACGGUUGCUGCUGAUGAUGAUGGUGAUGCUGGUGGUGAUACUGCUGAUGCUUCGUCGGUAACAAAGACUACGCCUGGAGCUACCGAACCACCUAAAGAGUCAUCAGGCUCGGCUCUCAGUGGAAUGGGAACACCUUUGGUUAUGAUGAUUCUUGGAGGAACGCUGAUUUCAAAACAUCUGUUAUCGCGAUGAUGCGACUAUUUAUAUUUGAAAUUACUACUCACUUUUCCUCUGAAUAUUAUUUUUUGUUUUCUAUACAAUUAGUAGUGUUGAUGAUUUCGUCAUGUGCGGGGAAAAAUGACAUGGAUUUUGAUAGAGUCCGUUGAACAUUGGGUUGCCCCUAUGAAAUAAACCAUUCGUUGUCUUUGAUCAGCUAGGAUUGAAGUGUUCUCUUUGUUAUUUUCUAGCAAAACUAAAUAAAUUUUAAUUAAAAUCCA